AUGAGGGCUAAUCACGUCAUAGCUGCGUUCCUGCUGUACAUGUGUAGCCACACUCAGAGUAUUCAUCGCAGCCAUAGGUACAGCAUAUACACAAAGUAUAGAUGCAUGAAAGGCAUGUAUGGAUAUGCCAUGGCAUCUCAAGCACAAAGCAUACAUAAUGCACAGCAUAUACAACACACACACCACAAGUACAUCUACAGCAAUGAUGGUACUAAUAGCAGCCAUACCGGUAGCAUCGGUACUGAUGAUGUACUACAUGCCAACGAUGUUCUGCACAUCAACUACCGCGAGGUUCUUGGCAGCAACGUGGUUCCACAGCAUUACGACCUUAGGAUCAAGAUAAUGGAUGCAGGAUUCAGUGGUGCUGUUGGGAUUGCGAUUGACAUCAAGAAUGCAACACGGUCGAUUGUGCUUAAUGCAGCCGGCCUGGAUGUGUCAGUGGCAAAGAUUGUUGCUGGCGGAAGGCAUCAUACAGGAGUUGUGCAUUCGGGUAUGCAGCUGGAUGUGCGCGAUCAGAUAAGGAUUGAGUUUGCAGAGCAUGUGAAGGGGCCAGCAUAUAUUCUACUGCAGUUCAGCGGUGCAUAUGCAACAGGGCUGCGUGGGCUGUACUGUAGUAAUGCAUGCACCAGCAAUGGCAAUGGCAAUGACAAUCUCAAUGGCAGAAGUGACAGCAUUGGAAAUGACAGAAGUGAUGGCACUGAUGAUGUAGGCAUUCAGCCAGAUAAGCAAUACAUGCACGAUGCAGACAUAGGCACAGACAUACCGCACUGUUCGCGUGUGUAUUGCACACACUUUGAGCCAAGCGAUGCACGACGGAUGUUCCCAUGCUUUGAUCAGCCAGACCUCAAGGCCACAUUCAGCAUCAGCGUUGAUGUGCCAAAGACACUGACUGUGCUUUCAAACACAGAUACAGUGCCUGAAUGGCGUGAGGAUUACGGCAACCGCAAGAUCGAGUACUUUGAGCGCACAUGUCGCAUGGCAACGUACGUUGUUGCAAUAGUUGCUGGCAGCCUUGAUUAUGUGCAAGGCGUCAGCAGCAGCGGCAUCCGAGUGCGGGUGUAUGGCAUAGCUGGAGUCUCGGACAAGCGGAGCAGGAUGUAUGCGCUUGGUGUUGCACUGAGGAGUGUAGAGUACUUUGGAGAGUACUUUGGGAUGCGCUAUGUGAGCUGUGGCUCGAGUGCAAAGAUAGACAUGGUUGGUGUUCCUGAGUUUGGAGCGGGUGCGAUGGAGAACUGGGGGCUUGUGGUGUACCGUACGGAGAAUCUGGAGGUGAUGGCUGUGCCAGCAAGUGCCAUAUACAAUGGCGGAGAGAAUGACCGGGAAGUUGUUGACGAGGAUAAGAGCAUGAAUGCUGUUGAUGGCGGAGAGAUUAUGAAUCACAACGAUGUGAAGAACAGUAUCAGGGAUGGGCAUGAUAAGAAUAUCAGUAGUGAGAACGGGAAUGGCAGCAGGGAUUCAAAUGGAGUAUUUUAUGGUUCGAGCGAAGCAGACGAAGACAACAUGCAGCAGAUUCGCGAGACAGUCAGUCAUGAGAUUGCACAUAUGUGGUUUGGCAACCUUGUGACGCUACGAUGGUGGGAUGAGCUGUGGGUCAACGAGGGGUUUGCAACAUGGGCAUCGCUCAAGUAUCUGCAGGAGGCAUGGGGAGCGGACGAGGAGCUGAGGUUUGUCAAAGACCGACUUGCAAGCAGCAUGCGUGACGAGGGCGAUGGACGAGCAGUACGUGACAGGGUAGUUAGUGGAGCAUCGGCAGCAGGGCGGUUUGAUUCAGUGAGGUAUGGCAAGUCUGCAAGUGUGAUACGGAUGGUUGAGCAGUAUGUCGGGCCUGAUGUGAUGCGUGAGGGCAUACGGGAGUAUCUGGAGAGGCACAAGUAUGGCAACGUGAGUGGUAGUGAUGUGUGGAAGGCAGUUAGUGAGUGCUGGAGGCGUAUGAAAGGAGAGGACAGCAGUGCAGACAUAAAUGACAGCGGCACGAGUAGUGGAUCUGGAGCAGAGAUAUCUCAGAUGGUGCGUGAGUGGAUGGAGCAGGAGGGAUAUCCGGUGGUGCAUGUGCAUGAGGAAGAUGGCGAGAUAGUGCUGGCACAGAGUAGGUAUUGUAGUGCACGGAUGGGAGUGGGGGCAAGCCGUGUGCAUGGUGAUACUAAUAGUAAUAGUAAUAGUAAUGAAGAAGAAACAGUGAAUGAAGUAGGGAAUAGUAGAAACGAUAACGGAAUGAAUGGAAAUGGCAUGGAUAGGAAUGGCGAUGAUGCAGGAUGUGAUGCAGCAAAGCAUCUGUGGAGAAUUCCAGUUAGUAUUAUGUGGGACAAUGGCAGCAUGCACACGGUGCUGCUUUCAACACCUGAGAUGCGAGUGGCACGUAGAACACAACGGUACAAGCUGAAUGCAGGAUAUGCAGGCUACUUCCGAGUGCAUUAUGGAUUGAAUGGAGGGGUACUACAUGCGUUGAUGGUUGCUGGCGAUUCUGAAGUAGAUCAGGCGAAUGUGAUUGAGGAUGUUUUUGAGCUGGCGUAUGCUGGAUACAUGAGUGUGGGAGCAGUGAUGCGAGAAGUGUUGUCGUGGGGCACUGCGGGGCCGUGGAGAUGGAGUGUGCAACAAAUGCAGUGUGGAAUGGAAACGCCAGAGCAUAGCAGUGAUGGUAAUGACAACAGCAAUAAUGAUGGCCUGAGUGUAUUUGCACGGCAUGGGAUAGAGAUGCUGAAUGGUGUAAAGACGAUGGAUAGUACAGAUGGAGUGAAUGAUAUAGAUGGUGCAAGCGAUGGAAUGCCGGUGGAUAAGACAGAUGGAAAGACAUAUGAAAUAGCGCAUGUGCCGGAUAAUGUGGUUAAGGGUGUUGUAGGCAAGCUGCUUGUUGUAUGGGGAGAGUUGUAUGAGGAUGUGGAGGUGCGCCAAGUGCUUGAACGAGCAAUCUGGGGAGUGAUUGGAAGGAUUGUGAAAGAUGCAGAGAUCUGUGUGGAUGCUGUGGAGAGUGGAAAUGAAACUAAUGGAAGUAGCAGGAAGAGUGAUUGGAAUACAAAGAGUCGGAAGGGGCGAGUGAAUGGCCAUGAUGGCGACUGCAAGAAUAGAGCAGGCAUUGAGAUGCAGAAGUAUGCUCUGGAGGUGGGGGUGAUGAUGGGAAGGAAGGAGGCUGUAGAGAAGGCACGGAGUGCAUAUGAGCGCGGAAUGAGCAGAAUGCACAUGCCUGCAAUGGUUGGUGCGCUUGCAGAUGAGCAGAUUAAGGAGAUGAUGCAGAAGUAUGCAGGAGCAGGUAAGGAGUGGCGGAAAUGGGUGGUAGAAGGAAUGAGUGGAUUGAUGCAAGAGGAGAGUGUCAAGUAUGUUCUUGAUGAGGUGUGCCGGAUGUCUAGGUUGUGCUUGUAUAUGGAUAGCAAGUGUGAAGAUAGUAUCGGUGGAUGUGUUAAUGGCUUGAAGGGUGGCAAAUGGGCGGAUAUGAAUAGUUCUGAGAUGAAAAAUGCAGAAGUGAGCAAAGAGCAAGAUAAUGUGAGUGUGCUGAGUAUUAUUGCAGGAGAUGGAGUGAUAAACGAUGUGGAUGCUACAGGAAAUGUAAUGAAUAGUAUAGUGGGAGAAGUACUGCAUGAUGGAGGCAUUGGAAUAGCAGAUGUUGUUGACAUACUCCGAGGAAUCUGGCGAGGAGGCAAGUUCCGAGAAACAAUUGCAGAGUAUGUGCUGCGGAUGUGGGGAGCGAUACAGAAGGCAGCAGGGAUGAACGGAAUGAUACUGCGCGAUGCUGCAGAGAUGGUUGGUGGGAUACGUGAUGUGUCUGUGGGAGUGAAAUAUGGGGACGAGCAGAAGGGUAAGGAUUGGGAGCUUGCAGGCACAAAGGUAAUUGAGGAGAUUAGGUUCCGCGAGAGGUUGCGUGAGAGACGAGAUGAGAUAUUGAGCGAGCUGAUGGCGCUGUUUGAUACAGAUGGAUGGAGAGUGCUGGAAUCAAAAAUGCAUGAUUAG